AUGUCAAAAGAAAAUGAGCAAUUUUCCACAGAGAUUCUGCAAAGAGGUGUUGAGAACUCUGACCCAAAUUUUGGCACUCUUAAUUUUUCAGUUAGAGUACGGCCUAGACUGCCAGAUUUCCUUAGUUCAGUUAAUUUAAAAUAUGUGAAAUUGGGUUACGGCUAUCUCAUUAGCCAUCGUUUGUAUUUGUUGCUGGCACCACCUCUUCUUGCAACCUUGAUUGCUCAUAUUGGAAAGUUCACUUGGAAAGAUCUCUAUGACAAACAUGACCUCACUGAGACUCUAUUUAUAUCAGCACUUUUGUGCUUAAUGCUAUAUUUUUAUAUUGAAUCUACUCCCGGGUCUACCUAUUUGCUUGAUUUUUCAUGUUUUCGCCCUUCAGAUGAAUACAAGAUCUCUAAGGCAGAGUUCAUUCAGUUGGCUAAAAUAUCAGGGAAUUUCAAUGAUACUGCCAUUGAGUUUCAGGAACGAGUUCUUAAGAAAUCUGGCAUAGGUGAUGAGACCUACAUGCCAAAAGGAGUUUUUCGCCCUGGUUACAGAACCUCUCUGAAAGAUGGUCGACAAGAGGUAUCCAUGGUGAUGUUUGGGGCAAUUAAGGACCUUCUUGCUGUCACAAAAGUAAAACCAAAAGAUAUAAGAAUCUUGGUAGUAAACUGUGGAAUACUAAAUACCACCCCAUCACUCUCAUCAAUGAUAAUAAACCAUUUCAAGCUUAGGCAUGACAUACAUAGCUUUAACCUUGGUGGGAUGGGUUGUGCUGCUGGAAUCACAGCCAUUGAUCUAGCUAAAGACCUCUUGGAUGCAUAUCCAAGCACUUAUGCACUUGUAGUGAGCACAGAAGCUGUGAGCCAUUCAUGGUACAGUGGCAAUGACAUUGACAUGCUGCUUCCCAAUUGCUUCUUUAGAAUGGGUGCUGCAGCAAUUAUGCUCUCAAAUUUCCGCUUAGAUAGAUGGCGAGCCAAGUUCGAACUCAAACAGCUUGUCCGAACUCACAAAGGAAUGGACAAUAGAAGCUACAAAAGCAUACAUCAAAGGGAAGAUAGUGAAAGGAGGAAGGGACUUUCUGUAAGCAAAGAUGUCAUUGAGGUUGGAGGCCAUGCAUUAAAGGCCAAUAUAACCACAUUAGGUCCACUAGUCCUACCAGUUUCAGAACAGCUUCACUUCUUCACCAAUUUGCUCUUCAAGAAAAAGAAAACAAAGCCAUACAUUCCGGAUUACAAGCUGGCUUUUGAGCAUGUAUGCAUUCUGGCAACAAGUAAGAAAGUGUUGGAUGAGAUUCAAAAGAAUUUGGAGCUCACAGAGGAGUACAUGGAAGCAUCAAGGAAGACAUUGGAACGAUUUGGCAACACAUCUAGCAGCAGCAUCUGGUAUGAACUGGCAUACCUUGAGUUUAACUCAAGGAUCAAGAGGGGUGAUAGGGUUUGUCAGAUAGCUUUUGGUGCUGGGUUCAUGUGUAACAGUGUUGUUUGGAAGGCCCUUGGGAAUGUUGGGAGACCCGAGCAGAGUCCUUGGAUUGAGGAUGAGUGCUGA